AUGAGGGCUCUGUCGCUACGAACAGGACUUGCCGCUCGCGCUUCCGGAGUGUUCACCAGUCUGCGGUGGUGUUCUACUGCGGCCGAGUCUGAGAAGCCAGCUGAGGUGGAGAAAGAAGUACCAAGCGUUGCCACCGAAGAGGUCGUAUCCGCUGCUGCUGUCAAGGAUCUGGAGAAGGAGCUUGAUGCUUCGAAGGCUAAGAUUGAGGAACUCAAGAAAGAGAUCCUUUACCGUGCAGCGGAUGCUGAAAACGCGCGCCGCAUCGGUCGCGAAGACGCUGAGAAGGCAAAGCUUUACGGUAUAAGCUCAUUUGGUAAGGAUAUGCUGGAAGUUGCAGACACGCUUGAGAAGGGUGUCGAGGCAUUUGCUGCCUUUUCAGAGGCUGAGCUGAAUGAAAAUAAGAUGUUGCGCUCCAUUUUCACCGGUGUUAAGCUCUCGCACAAGGUUCUCCUCAAGAAUCUUGGCAAACACGGUAUUGAGAAAAUGGGCGUCACGGUGGGUACCAAAUUUGACCCCAACUUACAUGAUGCGCUUGUGAGCACCUCGGCCACGGAAAAGGCACCUGUCGACACAAUCUCAAAUGUUUUGAAAGAUGGUUACACUCUCAAGAGUCGUGUUCUUCGUGCAGCGCAGGUCAGCGUUUCCCAACACCCGUAA